AUGGAGGCUGCUGGCCUAGCUUCAAGUAUCCUGACGUUCAUCGACAUUUGUUACAAGGUAGCCAAAAGAACUUACGAAAUUUACGAAUCCGCGACGGGUGCCACAGCCGAAAACAUACACGUAGGCAAUGUCAUCAUCGACCUCGAAAAAGCUGCAGCCGAGUUGAGUCCAGUCUCCAGAGGACAUGAUGCGGAGUUGGCAAAGUUGUCAGAGCAGUGCCGAACCUUGUCAGACGAUCUCUUAAAGCUUCUUGCAGGGCUAGAGAGGCGCGAGAAAAGGUUGUUCCAGAGUUUCAAGGCCGCGAUUGCCAGUGCGCGCAAACAGAAAGAGGUCGCUUCGAUUGAGAAAAGACUGGAUCAGUACCGUCAACAGAUUAUUCUUCACUUGACACUCAAUAUUUACCGAGACCAAUCGCCCAUCAAGGCUCAACUCGAGCGAAUACGAGACGAUAGCAGUCGACUUGAAAACGAGCACGCUGCAAAGUUGGAUGCACUACACAAUCAACUCUCCGAACUACUAGAGCGUAUGGAAACUACUAGCUCGAGACCGUUUUGGGAUCAGCAAGCUUCAAACGAUCGUGACUUCAUAAGGACACUCUCGCCUCGUGUCAACGAACUUGACCAAGACGAAUUUUUCGGAAAAGCCUCCCACAAGACACAUACAGCCAACGAACCAUCUAUACACAACAUUCAGUACCAUGCGAUUGUGGGCAAUGAUCUCAGAGAUCUCGCAAGACUUCUCCAUGACUUCAAAUCGUGUGCCAGCACUCUCGAGGCAGAAAAUAAGACACUUGACAGUUUGUACUUCGACGCGAUAUUUCAAAGAGAGAACAGCGUCUCCGAUGCUGUAUCAAACACUUUUGCUUGGAUAGUCGAUGGUUUCCCGCCAUCCACCACUUCAGAAUCAAUCGACACAAACGGCUCAAAUUCUCCGAGAGAGUCUCGACGAUCUUCCUUUUCCUCCUCGCCCAAAUCAGAAGAGGAAGAGCUAGUAGAUCACCAUCGCAUAGCUUUGGAGAAGCAGCUACUUGAAGAGACUCAAAAUCGGGAGGCUAUGUCUCAGAGCCUUCAUUCCUUCUUGGCAGAUGAAGGAGAGGUUUUCUUCGUCUGCGGGAAAGCGGGCAGUGGAAAGUCAACGCUCAUGAAAUUCCUUAGCCAUCACUCCAGCGUAAGAGAAACGCUGGUGGAUUGCGCCAGCAAACGAAAGCUUGUGAUCGUCAACACAUUCUUCUGGAGCUCUGGCGAUCCUCUUCAGACGUCUCUUGAGGGAUUCUACCGCGCUGUUCUCUUUCAUACUUUAAGGCAGUGCCCUGAACUACUUGAAACGGUCAUUCCAACUCUUACUGGGAUAGGCUUCUCCCCUCUUUCCGCAGCCAUGUCACUCUCAGAGUUAGAGGCGGCCUUCAGUCGUUUGCAGUCAUUAGAGAACGCCGCAAGCUAUCUCUUCUGUUACUUCAUUGAUGGGCUAGAUGAAUAUGAGGGAGAUCCUCUUGAUCAAAAACAUCUUGCAGAGAUGCUAAGAAAAUGGUCACGGAAAGAUAAUGUCAAGAUAAUAUGCUCAGCCCGGCCAUCGACCGUUACCCUCGACAUCUUUGGCGCCAGCAAGACAUUCUUUGAGCUUCAUAAGUUGACCAAAGCCGACAUACACGCCUUUGCCGAGGAUCAAAUUGAAAAGUAUCUGAGCGAGCCUACUUUCGAAAAAGUUCAAGCGGCGCUCAAAUCAUGA